GGAAGGUCUUGUAAUGAAAUAACAUCUGGCAUGGAAAAUCUCACCUCAGUUCAAGCUGAGCAAAGUUUCACUUGCACUGGAAGAUACAUCACUGAAGAGCUGGAGCUAGAAGGAUGCUGCAUGGAAGAGAAGAGGGUUACAAGCCCCUUGUCUGGACACAGCACAGGUGAGAUCCAGCUGAGUACCUGGCCUGUUCCCUCUCCAGUGGAUGUGUCUGAUGGAUUUUGACUCCUCUUCAGAUCCAUCACCAUAUGAACAAAGAGAUGAGCCAGGCUCCUGAUCCUGCCUCACUGUAGAGCUACUGAGAUGAUAAAUGAAUUCCUGGGGCAUGGGUCAACUGCAUGUUGCCCCAGCUCUAAGCCACUGUAACAGUUGGUGUUAGUGAGCUAUGGGUAAAUAUAUAUACAGUAAUGUAUAACGGCAGCAAAUCCUAAGUGUCUGUGGAACUCCAUUGUCCAUUAUGUUGCAACCAGCAUUGCAUAUGCAUAAGACCUCUGAAAGGACUUCUGCUGCCAUUAGUGAAGCUGGAUAGAUGGUGUCCCCUGAGGUGCUGGCUUUUCAGAUUUGAUUGGUGUUUUUCUCCAGAUCCAUCCCCUUAGCACCUUCUGAAUGGAAGAGAUGAGUUUGUUCAUGAAAUGGGCUGCAGGAUUUUCAUUCCAUGAAAACUAAUUGGCAUCCAAGAAUGAAGAUAAUCCCACUAGCACAUCUAAUUAGAGGAGAACAAUCCUCAUACUCCCCGAGCACUCUCCUCUCAAUUUAGAAGGAGCUCAGCCACAGAAACUCACUUGUCAUCCUUUGAAGCUCUAGCUUCUAGCAUGAGCCAAACGUGUAUUUUUUUAAGCGUUUGUAUUUGAGAGAAUCCAGCAGGAUAAAUACUGUUUAUUCACAGAGCGAUAGAUUGUCACAACAUUAUGAAGCAUGUAUGUCACUGCAAUUGAAGUUCUGACACAUCUGAGAAGGGAGGUUGGGGUGUGCCACUCGCAACUGAUUGAGUGAAAUACACUACCGCCUGCUGUAAUCCUGAUUUAAUGUCGUCACAUCUCUUUCCUAAUCUGAGGGAAGCUCGUGCCAGCUGAUGCCUGUCUGUAAAAGUCCAUCUGAAGCAACAUUGUUUUGAAAAUACAGGCUGACUUAAUUAACUGUGGGCAAGGUGCUUGGAUUCUCCCUGGUUUUCCAGUGCUGGCAGAAAAGUCUGUGGGAUCAUGUUUUGAAAUCCUGCUCUUGGGUGUUGAAGAUGGAAUUAGAUACACUCCAUCCAAUUCUGUCCCUGCUGCUGUGACGGACCUCUUGGGUGACCUACUGCAAAACUUGCAAAUCUUUGUAACCUUGAUUCUGAUCAAAUCUGAAAGCAAUAACCUGUGUUCCCAUGUAGACCCUGAUGUAACUGAUGGGCAAAACAUGCCCUGGCAGCACUUUAACAUCUUCUUUUAUCAAGGGCAAAUACAGGAUUUCUUGAUUCUUCUGGAUCAGCCCACACAAUGCUGAGGUGAGGGAGCGUUUCAGAGAGAUCCGACAAGUCAAAUGUAAAUAAGCCACGCAGCACAAAGAAAACAGCUGUGAAGUCCCAGUGACUGCUGCUGCAGUGCAAGGGAUGGAUUAGGAGCCCUGAGAGGCAGGGGUGUGUGACUGCUUAAUCUCAGCUGUCUGUUUUGCAGCAAGAAGGCUUCUGUAGUGGUGGUUGUACCUACUAUCAAUAGGACUUGUGUGAUACAGAAACUGUAAUCUGAAUGGAAGGUGAACAAGGUAUCUGGCUUUGCCUCCUGGAGUUAAUAAUGGCUGUCUUCUGAAACAAGCUUCAAAUGGAGCUGAAGUUCCUGGCUUCCUUUACAUACAAAUGAAGCUGCAUAAGAUCUCUCACUGUCCCAACCAAGCAGUAUUGCAGAGAGGGUGAUAGAUGUAUUUAAGACUAUCCUGACUUGUGUAAGAACUUCAGAACUGCACCCCAAGCUGUACAUUUGUGUACUGUGAUUAUAUAUGAUGCGGUGUCAGUGCAGUUCCAGUGGAAAAAGACCAUAUUGAAGAAAUGGUAACACGGUGCAUAGUGGAAGUUCUGUCCAAUGCUCUGUCUAAGCCAAAUGCACCACCAAUUAAUCCUGAAUGCAAAGAAAUCUUGAAGAAGAGUGAUAGAAAUGACAGAGAGAGAAGCGAAAACAAACAACUUGAAGUGAGGCAUUUGAAAGACCUAGCAGAGAUUGAAAAACAUCAUACUGGGAGUGUGGAGAAAGAACAAAGUCAGGCAGAAGAGGAAUCUAAAAAGUACUUGAAAGGAAGUGAUGAGGAGAAGCUUGGUCACAAGGAAGGUAAAAGCAAGGAAGAGGAGGAUGGACUCCACACACCAAUUCGAGAAGAGAGACUUCAUACAGAAGAAAAGAAACACUAUCAGGAAACUGGAAGAGAGGAGGAGAAGAGCUACCACAGUGAAGAAGAAGGCAAAGAGAGCAAGCGUCAUGAUGAAGAGGUAGAGCAUGCUGUUCUCAACAAGAAGUCCCACUCUGGAGGCACAAGCACAGAGGAGUUCCCUGAUGGGAAUGAUCAGCGCCCCAUGGGCCACUGGCACUCGGAGGAGGGAAUGCAGAGCCCGAAAAGAAUCCAUGAAGGUGAAGAGGGAGAGGCAGAGGAAGAAAGAAGUGAAAAAUACCACCAUGAGUCUAAGGAACAUGAUUUCUCCCAUCAGCAAGAGCAUGAAGAAUUGGAUGAGAGUGAAGAAACAGAGGAGGAAAAGCAACCCUACAAACCCAAACGUUAUCAUGGGAAGCAUAGAAUGGGUGACUUCUCUGAAAAGAAGAGGGGCCAUGGUGGUGAGAAAGAGGAACUAGCUGAGGACUCAAACACAGAGGAGGCCUAUCUCUGGGACAAGAGGAACCAUCAUCAGAAACAUCAUGAAGAGUCUGAGCAGCAGCGUGAGGAGAAGAGUGGUUAUCGUGGGAGGCAUGGGUCUGAAGAGGUGGAGGAGAAGAGGCAUGCAGGCCAGGAAAGUGAGUACAGAGAAAGGUGGCAGCAGAGUGAAGAGAGCAGUGAAGAAGAAAACAAGAGGCAUCGCCACAGUGAAGAAAGUAAUGAGAAAUGGCAUGAGGAGAGGAGACACCGUGAUGGAUCACAUGAGGCGAGGAGGCAGCAUUCCGAGGGAAGGAUGUAUCUUGGAGAUGAAAGUGAGGAAGAGCUGGAUAAGUAUCUCAGUGGUGGCAGCAAGGAGGAGCAGCAUCAUGCUGGAGGGAGAUACCGCUUGUGGGACAAUGAAGAUGAAGGGUCACAGAACGCGUACACUCAAGAGCGCAAAGGGCAGGCCAGAAGACACUACAGCACUGAGGACAGUGUAGAGCAACAGCGCUACCCUGGCAGCAGUGCGGAGGAGGAGGAAGUAGAAAGGAAGCAUCACAGCAGUAAUCAGAUGGAAAAUGAAGAGGAGAAUAUGGAGGAGGGAAGAUACGCAGAGAGGGAAGAUUACACAAGCCAUCUCCCUGCAGAGAAUGAGAAGAGGACUGUAGUAUCCUACAGCCCUUUCUACCCACUGCUGUGGUGGAAAAGCCGGCACUUUCAGAAAAGGGACAGCACAGGAGAGCAGCUUCUGGAGGGCAAAGAGGAAAGCAGGCCCACUCUGAAUGAGAAGAAUCUUUUCCCUGAAUAUAAUGACUAUGACUGGUGGGAGAAAAAGCAAAUCCUAAGUGCUCUGAACCAUGGACCCAUUGACAAGAGGAGUCUUGGCAAAAUGAACAGAUACGAUAUGAAAAGGCAGUACAACAAGAUGGAUCAACUUGCACAACUUCUGAAUUACAGGAAGAAAUCAGCUGAAUUCCCAGAAUUGUACAAUUCUGAAGAAGACAUGAAAAAACGCCACAUAAUCGGGAAUGACAGAAGAAGUCUGAGCCAGAGGCCUCUGACAGAACAGGAGGAAAAAGAACUGGAAAACCUGGCCACUAUGGAUUUGGAGCUGCAGAAAAUAGCUGAGAAGUUUAAUGACAACAGGAGAGGCUGAAGAUGCUCUGCUUUGGCAUUUCAAAGCUAGGUGUAGCUGUACUCAAAAUACCUGUAUUUUGUGGUAAAUUCACUGCCACUGGAUUGUUGUUUGCCCUAAAACCAGGAAAUACUAUUUACUGUCCACUAUAGUGUAGUGAUUUAUACAGCUGAUAAAUGUCUUUAAUUUGCUAUUAUGCUAUUGAGAUCUGAAUAGCAUGAAUUUUAGUAUUAUAACCUUUCAUGCAAGGCAGGUAUUUUUAAUAUGCUUGUGAAAAUAAUUGUGUUAGUGCUCUUCAGAAAUAUAUUUGUCUGAGUUUGAAAUAAUAAAAACAUUGAUCUUGG